GAUGAUUGUCCAGGGGCGGAUCCCGUUGAAUGGGCGGGGCCUGUCUGUCCUUCUGGACGGUUGUUGCUCCGGAGGCGGCCCGCCGCGGUGACCGGCAUCUCCCUGCCGUACGAUGGCUAACUCGGGUCGGUUCGGCAGCUUGGAGUCACUACCGAGUCCUGAGUAAGCGGGACUGGGAGACUCUGGGCAGUCAAAGGACCAUCAGGAGGAGGAGGCAAGCUGCAUCAUGAGUGAGCUCGGCCUGUGCUUGCACUUCUUAAAGAAAGCCUUGCUCACAGUCACCCUGGUGCUCUUUUAUUAUUGCUUCUCCAUAGGGAUCACUUUCUACAACAAAUGGGUGAUGAAGAAUUUUCAUUACCCUAUCUUCAUGACUUUGGUUCACCUUGUGAUGAUCUUUGCCUUCUCUGGAAUGAGCCGAACACUUGCCUCGUGGUGGACUGGAAAGUCACGCAUCUGUCUGUCAUGGAAAUUGUACAUGGAGAGGGUUGCAGCCACAGCCCUCGCCACUGCUUUAGACAUUGGAUUGUCUAAUUGGAGCUUCCUGUUUAUCACAGUAUCACUGUAA